UUCUACCCAUUUCCCCUCACAGGCUGACUCCAACCGUUCAAUUCACGGCUCAAAGUCCAAAGCAAUCUUCUACCCACAGCCAACAUGAACAAACCGCACUUGCCAUCAAUCGACUGGUGGUACCUCCUCUGGACUUCCCUGCAUGUCAUCGUCCACUACUUUUUGCCCAUCGCUUUCUACGUCUGUUUCCUCAUCAUGGGGACCCUCAUGGUCAAUGCGUACCAACGCAACGAGCCGAUUUCCAAAUCCAUGGCCCACGCAGUGAUUGCGGUACUUGUACUUGUGGGUUCCUUCACUCUCUGCGGGCAUGUUGUCCUGCAGUGCCGCAACCUCACCACUCGUCGCAAAAAGGAGAACUUGACUGCUGAAGCGAAUCGGAUGUAUGCUGAAGCACGAGGAGACACAGCCUGAAAGACAACGUCGAACUUCAUCAGCAUAUCGACAUUCUCCAUCAACAUAUCGACAUCCUCCAUCUUUGAUGAUCCAAUCGCCGCCGCGUCCUAGGUAGCAGCUUGUGCAGCAACUCGGGCAG